AUGGAUGGCACCGGUGUUAAAUCCUCUUCCACCUGCGAUUCCUCUACAGGACAGCGUAGAACGAGACAGGAGGGUUCCAAUGGCUCGGAUCCAUCGGGUUCUCAACCUCCACUGCAGUCAUCUUCAUCAAAUGAUAACACUAACGGGAACUUUGAGUGCAAUAUCUGUCUGGAUCAAGCUCAAGACGCCGUCGUAAGUCGUUGCGGUCACCUCUUCUGUUGGCCCUGUCUCCAUCAGUGGCUGGAGGUGAAAAAGUCCAGACCUGUGUGUCCUGUUUGCAAGGCUGCCGUCAGCCGCGAUUCGGUUAUCCCUCUAUACGGAAGAGGGGCUGACCACAAGCGAGAUCCUCGUAAUAAGGUUCCCCCGAGGCCACAAGGCGUGAGAACAGAGCCUGCACCCCAGCGGGAUUCACCCUUUAGCGCGUUCAGUAAUAUCUUUGGAGGAAAUGCCAGGGACGAUGGUGAGGGAAGUGGAGCAAAUUUACAGGUCUCCUUCGGUUUCGGCCCAUUUCCCUUCGGCCUCUUUGCGACCACAUUCAAUAUCGGUGGCGGCGGUGGUGCAGGAAAUGGAGAUGGUCAGAACAAUAAUCAGGCUGAAGCUGAAGCUCUCUCGAAGCUCUUCCUUGGAAUAGCAAUAUUCUUUAUUAUCUGGCUCCUAAUAACCUGA